UAACUCUUCUUCUUCGCUCUUACUGCUCUCUCACUAUCUUCUUCAAGGGAACCCUACUGUGAUUUUGCAUUCUUCUGGUUUUCAUUCGAAAGCUAAAACCGGAUAACAGCAUGACCGAAAGGCGAUAUGCGGAUACAUCGUUGAGGAUUUCUAAAUCUGCCUUGCCUAAGGAAUUGGAAGUUCAUGUAGGAAGUAAGCCCUUUGCCCUAGACAAAGAACUUCUGGCCUCAAAAUCAGCUAAAGUUGCUGCCUUACUUAAAGAGAAUUCCAAUGCAGAUCUAUCUUGCUUGCUUCGUGACGUUCCGGCUGAUUCGGAGACGUUCGAGCUCGUUGCAAGAUUCUGCCACGGAUAUGCGGUUCAGAUGUCCGCUGAAAACAUCGUGCCACUCAUCUGCCUGUCCUACUACUUAGGGAUGGAUGAAAAUCACUGCAAUAACAAUCUAUUAAGCAAAGCUGUUACUUUCUUCGAGCAAAGAGUCCUCCCUAGUUGGAAUGAAAUUGUCAAGGCUUUACGCUCGUCCGAAAAGUACCUUCAACAAACGAUGCAGCUCGGUUUAUUCGAUGCCUGCUUACAGGCUAUGGUUGCAAAGGCGUUGGAGAAUCCACGACAUCUAGGGGAACCAAUAAUCAUCUCGAGAAACAAUGGUGAUGUUGGUGAUAAGCCUAAUGCAAAGAGAAGGCUCUUUGCUCUGGACUGGCAAGAGGAUUUGACAACAUUGUCUCUCCAGCUAUAUGAGCCUAUCAUGUACACAAUGAAACAGCAUGGAAUCCCACCGGAAUACAUUUCGGCAUCGAUUUAUCGAUAUGCAAAGAAGUGGAUCCUUUUUUGUAGCAAUGGAGAGGAGACUGUGUCGAUUUACAAGAGGAAAUCUCAAAGAAGUGUAAUUGAAACAUUGGAGAAGCUUUUGCCUCACGGAAGAGAGCUCCUUCCUUGCACAUUGUUAUUCGAAAUGCUCCGAGGCGCGAUCGACUUGGAAGCUAGCUCGGCAUGUAGGAAUGGUUUCGAGAUAAGGAUCGGAAAGCAGCUGGACCAGGCAAAAGCAAAGGACCUGUUGAUUCCUUCUCAAGGCUAUGCCAAGGAACUCCAAUAUGAUAUUGAGUGUAUAAGGAGGAUUCUGAAAAUCUUCUAUGGCAAUUACGAUAGCUCUGAUGCUUCCGGAUUCAUCACAGUGGCGGAACUCAUGGAAGAAUUCUUGGCAGAAGUUGCUUGUGAUAUAGAUUUAAUGGUAGACACUUUCGUUUCACUUGAAGAGAUGUCCAUGGCUGCAGCAUUAGGAACAAAGAGAAAUUCUGACGGUAUAUACCGGGCUAUCGACAUAUACUUGGAAAAGCAUGCUUACCUGACAGAGAAGGAAAAAGAACAGGUCUGUAAGGUGUUGGAUUUUCGGAAAAUGUCAGCCGAGGCUUGCGAACACGCUGCUAAGAACGAAAGAUUACCGGUAAGAGUAGUGGUGCAGGUGCUGUUUAUGGCACAGUUGCAGCUGAGAGAAACGCUGGUGCGGGGAACUCACGAAGACGGGAAAGAAGACGAAGAAGAAGAUGAAGUGAGGGUGGAAAUGGAGAAAAUAAGCAUUAAGGUGAAGGAUCUUGAGAAGGACUGCCAUGAAAUGAAGAAAGAAAUCACAAAUGGAAACAACAGGCAAAGAGUCAAUAAGGGGAAGUUGAGCUUGUGGAGUGAAAUGAAGAGGAAAUUUGGGUGCUCCACUAACGUGGAUGACUUCCAUUGCCCUACAAAGAAGAAGAAAGUGCAUCCAAAAUGGGGCUUAUGAUUUUCCAUUUUCUGAUUUGUUUUCAGUUUUCUCCAUUUUUGCUGCUCAGAUUUUCGGCCUUGAAAUGUAAAGCUCCAAAACCCUAGUUUUUGACAAGU